AUGCCUCGUUCAGAUAACUCGCCUGUUCCGUAUGACGAGGAGGAAGAUGCCGAGAUGGACGGAGAGAAUGCGAACAAGGUUGUCAACGAGGAAUAUAAAAUCUGGAAAAAGAACGCUCCGUACUUGUACGACACACUCAUCACACAUGCGCUAGACUGGCCAACUCUUACAUGUGAAUGGUUCCCUGACACAGAAUGCCCACCAGACAAACCAUACUCAAUCUCUCGCCUCCUCCUCGGAACACACACAUCCCGCCAAAGCAAAGACUACCUCCAAAUCACCACAGUCCACAUCCCCAAACGAGUCUCAUCCACCUCGGACUCGCUCAGUCGCGAGAACUAUGACGAAGACAGCGGAGAACUCCAUACUACCUCUGCUGGCCCCGCACCCAGGAUUCAAAUCACGCAGAGAAUGCUGCACGAUGGCGAAAUAAACCGUGCGCGAUAUAUGCCUCAGAACCCGAAUAUACUGGCCACCAAGUCGGUUUCGGGUCGGGUGUUUAUAUAUGACCGGACUAAGCAUCCUUCCGAGCCUGAUUCGGAUGCUAUGCGUCCGGAUGUGACGCUCGUUGGGCAGACGAUGGAAGGGUAUGGGCUUGGAUGGAGCAAGUGCUGGGAGGGACAUGUCUUGAGUAGUGGAGAAGACACGACCGUCUGUCACUGGGAUGUUCAGGCGGGUUAUUCAAAGAGUGGCAGUGGGGUCGAGCCGGUAGAUGUGUUCAGAGGCCACGGGAGCGUUGUCGGGGAUGUGAGUUGGCACGCGACGCAUCAGAAUGUGUUUGCGAGUGUCGGAGAUGACAAGCAGUUGUUCAUCUCGAAUGUCCCAUCAACCGCACCUCCAAAUGAACUAAAACUGAAAAAUACCAGCUGGGACACACGCGACCCAGCACGCACAAAACCAAAACAACGCGUAACAGCACAUGACCGGGAGAUUCUCGCGGUCUCGUUCUGUCCAAGCAACGAGAACCUCAUCCUUACCGGCUCAAGCGACAAAACAAUCGGAAUAUGGGACACCCGCACACUUUCGCACCGACUCCACUCGCUCGAAUCUCACAGGGACGAAGUGCUUCAGCUCUCCUGGUCCCCAACCUCGCCCACCGUCCUCGCAUCCGCCUCGUCCGAUCGCCGAGUCCACAUCUGGGACCUCUCGCGCAUAGGAGAAGAACAGUCCCCCGACGACGCUGAAGACGGCCCGCCCGAACUCAUGUUCAUUCACGGAGGACACACCGGACGGCCGACCGACGUGUGUUGGUGUCCUGGGCCUGUCGACGCGAGCAAAGCGGAAGGCGGAAAGGGAGGCGGUGGGGGCGAGUUGAGCGGGUGGGAAGUGGCGAGUGCGGCGGAGGAUAAUGUGCUCAUGGUUUGGAGUAUGAGUGCGAAUAUCUGGGCUGGCGAGGGAAAGACGGUGGAUGAAGAAGAGUUGGAGGUCGAGGAUGAUUAG